GUUGCUACACGCCACUGUUUAAUCCCAUACUACGACGAAGUGACAUGAACGACUCUCCAAUACACACUUUAAAUAUUCCAUAGAACUGUGUGUCCUUGUAAAUUAUACAGAAUGUCAAAAAUUGUCGCCGUAUUUGGCGCCAAUUGCGCUCUUGGUGCAGCUGUUGCAAGGAGUUUGGCAAAAGACAGUAACUUCAUGGUCAAAGCCGUGGACCCCGAUGGUUCCGGUCAAUAUUCAUCGGAAAUUCGUGCCAGUGGUGCUCAGGUGGUUCAGUGCAAUUUGGAGGACGUUGGAAGCAUCAGUCAGGCACUCUCUGGCUGUGAAUGUGCUUUUGUAACGACUGUUUCCAAUUUUAAUAACCCUGAUUUCAUGGACGACGAAAUCCGACAAGGAAUGAACAUUGCUGACGCAUGUGCAAAGAGUAAGGUAUCCCAUGUUGUGUUCAACACUGGUCUCCACACAAUUAAAAUUAUUGGUAUUGGAGCCCGCCAUCUGGUGGCCAAGGCCGAAGUAGAGGCGUACAUGAAAGGAAAAGGAGUACCAUUAACUUCAUUAAUGGUACCUACUCUCUAUGACGAUCUCCUCGACAUUCUCAAACCGCUACCAGCUGGCCAGAAUAACAGAUGGCUGGCUAUUCCGAUGGGUAUUACACCGCUGGACAUGAUCAGUGUUGAUGACGUAGGGGACAUUGUACGCGUCAUUUUAAAUAAUAGGACCGGACACCUGCACAAAACCCACAGCGUUUGUGGUGAUAAACAAACCAUCAAAGAAAUGGCACAAAUCAUGUCUCGACAUCUCGCUCCUCUGUAUUUCCAAGACAAACAGGUGACGAUACAUGAAUACCAGCAGUUGAAUGCCCAGUUUCCUUGGUCCCAGGACUACGCUAAUAUGUUUGACUUUUACCUUCGUGUCGACCAAAGGUUUAAUGUGGACGCUACCCAACGAUUAAGCUCAUCAUUACGUAUCAAGUGUUUCCAGGAAUGGGUUCAAGCUAACUCUGGAAAGCUUAAGAAAGCUUUUUCAUGAAAACAUGCAAUUGACACUGUCUUCAUAAUUUACUGUCUUAAUUUAUAACGGUUUGUUCACGCAGUUAUCGGAACUUUUACCGAUUGUGUGAUAUUCACAGUUUAUUAGACGCAAAACUUGUUUACACAAAAUGAGAGUCAUUUGUUCACUGCUUUGCUUUAUAUACAUAUUGAUGUAUUUGAA